CAUGGAUACGCGAAAAAACAGCAGAGACUAUAGAGAAUAUUUUGUAAGGGGUGAACACUUAAAGCUGAGGGAGCUGGAAUGGGCAGCUCGACAUUCCAACCUGGAUAAAAAAAGAAAAAGGUACCUGAUCAAAAAUAAAAAAUACAUCCCUCCGUACCCCCGGCCGGAGUUUCACGUGUCUCAUGUGAAACACGACACAGAGAGAGGGUCACUGUGCUGGAUCUGGAAGGAUGGAGGCUUCAAGAAUCCACACGGAGGCGUCAAGGACCCUGAAGAGCCGUCCCUGGUGUGGUGGAGUCUGGCUGUUGGACCAGAGGAGAUCCGGUCAGCUGAGAGGAGGCUCCUGAAGAAGACCUUCCCAAACCAGACCAAGGAGCAGGCCCGGAGGCAGCAGAGCUUCCUGAGGAAGUUCGCCUCCUCACCAGCCUUCAGUGAGAAGUCCAGGUAUGGAUCGUACCGCUUCACCUUCAGGGUGGAGGAGGUGCUGGAGGCCUACAGCGAGCAGUUUUGCUUCGGUGCUCCGCCCGUCUUGCGAGUGUUCAAGACUUCCCUGUACAAACAGGAAGUGGUGUAUACCGUGCUGGUCCACAGCCCACACGAUAACGAGCGCUUCUCCGAGUACCCCGAGCUGCCGGAUGACGACCCGAACGCCGUCUGUGCUUACAGACGAGAAGAAAACAUCUUCAUCUGGAGGCCAGAGGCCAUGUGUGCAACACACUGGUAUCGGCUGAACUACAGAUCUAAGGACAACCUGAUGGAAGCCUGGGAGCUGGAUCAAUGGCCACAGUAUUAUGUUUGGGAUCACGUCACCCUCGCCCUGCAUGUGGAGAGCGGACAGGUGCUGAAGCUCGACUCCGAUCGACUGAGACAGAACCUCAAGUUCUGUGAGCGAGACGAUGUGACCAUCGCACCGAAAUUCUACUUUGAUGAUUCUGAGGAAGCUCAAAGUGUGAUCGAAAGUCUGUGGCCCGAGUCGUCACUGGAGAAGAAUUUUGCAGGUCUCUCUCUUUAGGGGAAGAAAACCCCACAGCAGUGUUAAAGAAGCCUGAAGACCCGGUGCAUUUAACUUCUGCAAACUUUUACUUUUUCCUUUUUUAAAGAGACCAAACGUACACACUGCUGUGCAAAAAGCUUGAGGCACCUCGAUAAGAAGCAAACUAGUGAGAGAGCUGCUUUUACCUUAAAGCUUUAUUGAUGCUAUCAAUGACAAGCCGCGCUGCUGAAGCAUCAGCACCUCUGUGUGAGCGCACUGUCACACUAAAACAUCAGCAACACUGGACCGUUUUCACUCUGUCCUGUCUGCAGGAGACCAGUCGGCAAAUUUAAGAUUAGAUGACGAUUUCAGAAAGUAAAACUAAAUACAGUAUUAUUAUUGUUACAACUGUUACUGUAGUUAUUUUUAUGGGUGCUGUGUGAAAGUUAGGGGUGCUUUAGGACCCCCAUAAAGGGUCUAAACUCACCUGUGGGUGUGACCACCUUUAUUCUCAGGAAUCCUGAAUUCAUUCAGAGCUCUUCCUUGGAUGUUUCUGUCAUGUGAUUGUUGGGUUUUCUCAGUAUCACUGUGGGGUCUUUACCUUGCAGUGUGAAACACCUGGAGGUUACUGUUGUUGUGAUUUGGUGCUAAAGAAAUACAAAGAUGAUCUCACACUGCUUUGAAAAUGCUGAUGUUUCCUCUGAGGAGGCCGAUCCACGACUGACAGUGUGUUUGGGAUCAUUGUCGUGCUGAAAACUGAAACUCUGGCCAAUCAGAUGCUUUCCAGACUGCUGGUAACAAAGUGUCUGAAGAUACAAUUUAAAACAGCUUCUUUGAUUGGUCGUCUGUUACAUGUAAACGCGACACUGGUUCAUGUGGGUGGGGUUUCUCCACUUCUAUGCUCCAUCAUGGUAGAGGUUAUACACGUAACAGUGGAGGGGCGGAGACAGAAAAACUGCUUCACAUGCUUCGCUUUUGCAUUUUAUUAGUUGAUUUCAGAUAUGCGAUUUCCUGUAAUACCACAGAUACAUAAUUAUGUCCCUGUGGGUAUGAACACGUAUGAUUAUGUGUUUUUUGCAGCUUCU